GAGUAGCUGGUUACCUUGGCUGUGAAGUGUGAUUCAUCAGAGACACACCCUGGGGGAAAAGAUUUUCUCUGUAAUGAAGGCAAUGAGAAUGGAAUCACAAAACUGAGGAAGUCAAAUAAAAGGAACCAUGGCAGAACACCUUGAGAAGCCACCUAUAAACUGGACUGAAUUUGAUGUGAGUGUCUGGCUAAGCUCGAUCGGAGUGAAGGAGCAGUAUAUUAAAAAGCUCCAUGAAGAAGAAGUAGAUGGGAAAACCCUCCUGGCUCUGACUGAAGACUUUUUAAAAACUGAGAUUUCCAUGAAAUCUGGGCCUGCUCAUUUAAUUAUUCAAAAAAGAGACUUACUUCUUCACUCCCAGAGCAACAAACAGCUGGCUACUAGCAGAAGCUCUGAAUUGGAGCAAAGGAAACCAGUUCAAACUUCACGUGCAGUGGAAGGUUCUGAAGUUCCUCUGAGAGACAAAGACGUUUCCAAAGAGAGUCAAACUGUUAUAAAAGACUGUGUCUUAUCUGCAAAAAAAGACUGCAAACCAAGACCGUUUGAUGAAGAAGGGAUUGAUUUUAGCUAUGUAAAGCACACAGUUCUCCAGCCUGAAUCAGGGGCUUUCAAUUUGACAUCUCCUUGUCAUGAAUACAAGUCUUUUGCCUUAGCUGCUACACUGGACCGCACAAGACUUCAAGCAAAGUUUGCCAGAGAGGUUUUUAAAUUCGCAACUGGUUGCAUGAAUAUCAGAUCGAAUGGCACUAUACACUUUGGUGUGAUGGACAGCAAGGAAAAUGAAGGAUAUGUGCACGGUGAGAUAAUUGGAAUCCCUGUUAAAGAAAAGGACAUUUAUAUAGAUGCUUUGGACCUUAGUGAGAGAAGUUUCCGCAAGGAGGACAAGGAGCAGGUACUCCAGUGUGUGCGGCCGCCAAGGUUCAUUGAGGUUAUGGAUAGAGAAAGUACAGAAAAGAGGUAUGUGGUGGAAGUAGACAUUGUGCCUUUAUUGAGCAUUGUGAAGAAAAAGGUGUAUAAUGUGCGUCUUCCAAAUUUCAAGGAGGCAACGAACAAAUUGGAGUUUGAGAAAGAUGUGAUUUAUCGAAGAGUUGGCUCAAAGACUGAACCAGUGAGUGACUUGAGUCAUUUCUACCAAGGAGUUGAGGCCCGUGAUGCCUUAAGAGAUGAAGCUGAGAAAAAGCAGUUCCUUGUUGCUCCAGAGAUCUGCCAAGAUCUUGGACGAAAACUCACAAUGCUCCUGACCAGUGGAAAAAAAUUCAUUGCAAAAGAUAAAUGGUUCAUACUAGUCACAAACAAAUUCAAAUCCGAUGAUCUCAGUAAUAUUGACUGGCUGCUAAACAUGAAUGUUUUCUGUGUCUUCGACUUUGACCCAGAUUCAAAGGUAUCAGGCCUGUGCUGUAGGUACCUUGAACACCAUGCUGCAAACAUGCAUUUUCUGCAGAGCUACAGGAUACCUGCUGGUAUGAGCAUCAAGGAAUUCACAAACCACUUGCAUCUGUUUGAGCAGACCAGCUGGAUCUUUUGCAAUGGUCGCUCUGAUUUCAAAGGUAAUGAAAUGCCGUGCGAUGAAAUGACCUGGAUCAAGACAAAGAUGACUUUCCUUCGGGAAUCUGUAUCUUUGAUCUGCAAACAAAUCCUCCCAAAAGGGACGUUUCAAGUCAUUUUUCUGCUAACAUCCCCUGUAGAGAAGCCACUCCUCCACACAUUUUAUGAGUUUUUUACAGACAUGGAGGGUCAUGAGGACAUAAUCUGCAUCUGUGAAUCUGAGAAAAACUAUCACAAGUGGCAAAGCUUUGCAGAGGGUUCCUGUGGAAAAGAAGCUGUAAACAAUGCAAGCAUUGUUGGGAUGAAGAUGAGUCACAUUAAUGCAACUCUGCAGCAUGUACAACCCGUCAAAGCACAUGUCAGGAAACACCUUCCUGUCUUUGUAAAAGGGACUUGUAUUCUUGAAACACAGAUAGAAGAACAAAUGUACUCUCUGGAAAUUCUUGCUGUCAACCACUGUGACGACAGCACCAAAGAAUUCAUCAAGGAGGAGAAGGAGAACAUUGAAGGCCAGUUUUACCGAGGUGGGAGAGUCACCUGGCUCAAUUUCUGGCUUGCUGAACACAACUAUGUUGAUGAGUUAAUAGAAAGAGAUGCAUACUAUGAGACGUCCAAACUUCUUAACGAUGCAUUGAGAUUUAACAUUGAUCAGACUCCGGUGAACUGCAUAAACAUUUACCAUCACCCAGGAAGUGGUGGAAGCACUGUGGCAAAACAGGUGUUGUGGCAUAACAGGAAGGAUCUGAGAUGUGCAGUUGUAAAGCCUCACCCUACCUCUGUUGUUGCUCAGCAUGCUGUAGAGCUCAGAGAAUAUGAAGAAAAAGAUCCUCAGAAGUGCCUCCCUGUGCUGCUCCUUCUUGAAGACACAGACAAGGAAUAUCUUGAUGAUCUGAGGAAUGAACUGGAGGUUGCAGUAAACAUCAAACAAAUCCAGUAUGGGACCCUUUGUUUCAUUCUGUUAAGCUGCAGACGUUCCCACGAUCCAGAGAAGAGAUGCAAAGAGUCUCCUCUACAGAACGUGUCUGUAACCCACAAACUGUCCAUUCAAGAGAAGAAAAAGUUUGCAGGAAAGCGGAAAGCUCUCGAGGAACGCUUUGCUCCUCAGUUUAUUUUAACAUUUGUUUUGAUGAGUGAAGGAUUCUCCCAAGAUUACAUUCAAGACUUUGUUAAACAUUUACUCCAGGGUAUUGACCAAAAAUCAGUCGUGACUCGCCUCAUUCAUUACGUUGCUUUGCUGAACACAUAUGUUCAAAACUCAUUCAUCUCUCAGUCUCAUUGUGAAGCGUUGCUCUCACUGACUGUCCACUUGGAGAGGUUCCGCCAGCAUGUGUUUGAGACUUUACUCAGUGAUCAGGCUAAGUUGGUCUUCUUACACCUGAGAGACGAAAAGACACACAUUGAAUCAAUCAGAAUCAUACACCCUCUUGUUGCAAAAGAGAUUCUGCAACAACUUCUGCAAGGCAAACAGACCCAGAGCAAAUUGGCAAUGAAUUUACUCUCUGAGAAUGUGCUUUUUGAGCACCGAUUUGGAAGAGAGGAGUAUUUGACAUUUUUGAGACAACUCUUCCUGAGGCGGUCCAGAAUAAGCAAAGGUGAUGAAUAUGAUAGUUUCUUCUCGCCUCUUAUUGAACAUGUGUGUGACAAUGAGAAAAACCCUAAUGAAGCAAUUGAGUUGCUAACGGAAGCAUUUGAGCGUUUCCAUCAAGAUCCAUUCUUUGCACAACAACUUGCUCGUCUACACUACACCUACGAGAAGUUUGAAGAGGCAAAACACUGGGCAGAGACAGCAGCUAAGCAGCAUCCCAAUAACUCAUACAUACUAGACACAAAAGGGCAGGUGUACAGAAAAUGGUUCCAGGCAAAGUGCAAAGCUAUAGAAAAUGAGAGCAAACCAAAGACAGCCCAAAAUACAAUGGAUGCCGUGGAGACCGCUUUAAAAGCCCUUGAGUGCUUUCAAGAAUGUGAGAGGGCAGCUGAUGCAGAAAUGGAAGAUGUUAACAGUUCUGGCUUUUUUUCUGAGGUGGAGGUCGGAUGCAGCCUUCUGAGACUGAUCUCCUCACUUCAAGUGUUUGCAAACCAAACCAAUGGCCAUGCUGAAUGCAUGAAGUAUCUGCUAACAGAUUACAUCCCAGAGGAACUUGAUCGUGCCUGGGAACCUUUUCAUGGCCGUUUGAAGAAACUUCACAAGACGAUGCAGGAUGCUCUGGAAUGGAUUUCAGAGGACCUCAGCUACUUCCAGACAGAUAUUGGAUAUGAAGAGGAGACCCCUGAGAGUCCUGAGGAAAAAAUCAGCCAUCCACUCAUAUGGCUGGCAAAGAAAUCGGCUGAGUAUGGCAAGUACUUCAGUGAAGCGGAUUCGGCUUUGCUUCUGCAAGGCCAGAAGAUCGAAAGCAAACUAACUCCUUUUCAAAAACGCAUGAUUAUCUAUCACCUUGGUGGAGGCAACAUAAUAUCUGUCCUAUCAAAACUAGCAGACCAAAAGGAUGCAGUACGUCGCUUGGAGCACAUCCUUACUCUCUACCCAAGCAACCCAUUAAAGGCAAAAUUUACUCAAACAGAUAUUGUAAAUUACAUAGCAGCGCACAUUUCCCUAAACUGCUUGUCUCCUCAACCACAGAAGGCAGACUCUCUGAAAGAGCUCCAGGCUCUUUGUCGGCAGUUUCCAUCAGAUAAAAGAAAAUGUCUGCCAAGUGCAUUGUUCUUGCUCACCAUAUUGUUCUGGCCUGAGGAUCAUGAUACAAACCAAGAAAGAGAAAGCAAAUAUGAAAUUGUGCAGUCGGCAGUUGAGCACCUUGAAAAGGGCUACUGGGCUAAGAUGAAAGACAUUCCCCAGCGAAAGAGGAGGAUCUACACCCAUUUUUUCCUGGGGAAUGGGAAUGGGCUUGAUAAAUUUGUUCACAAGAGAAAGUUUGACAAAAUCACAAAGGGGUUCUCAGUCUCUGAGAAACGCCUGAAGUGGUUCAGUGGUGAGGCAUGGAAAAGUCCUGAGAUUGCCACCAUGCUGAAACGGGUUUCUGGAUGGACAGAGGAUAGGGUGGUGUACCUUGAGGGACCCCAGAAAAGGAAGUUUAAUAUCCUGCCCCUUUUUGUUCCUUCAGUGCCUCAUGGUAAUGAAAACAUCACCUUCUACCUGGGAUUUACCUUUAGAGGUCCAGUUGCAUGCAACAUUCUUGUCAAAAAAUAGCUGCUUAGAAAAAAAUAUUCUAAUCUCACAGAAUUAGCUGAUGCACAUGUUACCAUGUUAUUAAUCAAUGACUGCAUUGCAAAUAUUUACUAAAGAUGUUGAUCAGUAAUAUCUACUAUUUUGUCACUUUGAUAUACCAAUUGUGUAUUCGUAAGCCGAAGAACAAUGCUCUAUGGCUGAUCAGAAGAGUCAGUUAAGUUUCCAAUGUACCGUGCUUCACACAAGCUUAGAAAGACCUCAUUUUUGCUCAAGCUAAUCUGGAAGCUAGUUUGUGAGUGUUGGUCUCAUUUCAACCUAAAUUGUGUUGUUUUCAUUGUUUUAAUUUCAUUGAAAAAUGUGUAUCUGUAAUUUAUAUUUGUAAUAAAAGCAAGAUUUUUA